CCUUCGCCCGCUCUCGCUCGAGUCUCGUUGCUCUCAGUAUCGCUCUGAACGUCGAGGAGACGGUUCCAAAGUUGUUUUCUUUUUUUUUUGCUCUCGGAUUUACUCGUGCUCGCUAUUUGAGAAAGCUCGUUGCAGGGUGCGCGAUUUAGAAGCGUGUGCUGUGAUUUUCAAUACACUUUAUUCCUCACCCUCAUGGGGUAUCGUGUCGAGUGAGUGUUUCGAGGUGAGCCGAACUAACUUUAAGUGUGUCUCCGUCAGUCAAUCGGAAAGGACAGUUGGAUUCGCGAGGAUUGAGCUUCCAUUCGAAGCGUUGUUAAUAUUUCAAGUGACGGCAAAAUGAUGACGAUGGCAUCGAAGGUGGAACUUUUGACACCGCCGCACACACCACCUUCGGCUUCUACCUACGAUCGAACGCGCUUGCAACCAUACGACGUUCAUGUCAACAGCCUACCGACCUCCCGGUGGAUCAGGACUCAUCAUCAACAUCAUCAUCAUCAGCAACAACAUCCACCUCCCCCUCAAAGUCAACAUUCAACCGUGACCAGUUCGGGAGGUUAUCACGCCGCCAUCCUCGAUCAUUGGAUAAGAAGCGCCGCGAUCCUUGCUGCCAGGGGCUGCUGCCCUCAACAGGCUGCUCCGCCAACCUCUCAACAUCAUCCACCCCCCAGGAAUCAUCCUUACAACCACUCUGGACUCGCUGUACCGCCACCAUCCUCCUUCCUCACUCGAAGGUUGCCCGGACAAAGACCCAAGAAACAAUUCAUCUGCAAAUUUUGCAAUCGACAAUUCACCAAAUCUUAUAAUCUACUCAUUCACGAAAGAACUCACACCGACGAGCGGCCUUACUCUUGCGACAUCUGCGGCAAAGCUUUUCGGCGUCAGGAUCACCUCAGGGAUCAUCGGUACAUUCACAGCAAGGAGAAACCCUUCAAGUGUAACGAGUGCGGCAAGGGUUUCUGUCAGAGUCGUACUUUGGCGGUGCACAAGGUUCUCCACAUGGAAGAAUCGCCCCACAAGUGUCCGAUAUGCGCGAGGAGUUUCAACCAACGGAGCAAUCUCAAGACUCAUUUAUUGACGCACACCGAGAUCCCUCAGGACUUGAGUGUCGAGAGCCAACAGUCGAAUUCUCCGCAGGAAGUAACGAGACGAGAAGCAUCCACGGAGCUCGUAGUCAACGAUGAGAAAACCGCCAAAGUUACGAAACGAGGCUUUACCAUUGCAGAGAUCAUGAGACCUUAGAGAAGCAUGUUCUCAUGACGUAACCCCAUCGUUUUCUGUAUCAACGAAAAACUAUUGCAGAGCCAGAUUACGAAAUGUAUCAUAAUUUCCCAAAAGAGAGCAAUUUUACAAAAGAAAGCAUAUUGUUUCCAAGAUACUUAUAUAAACAAGCGUCGGUAUCCAAAAGUUUGUUAUUGCCAUUUUCCCGUUCGUUGCUCCGGGAAAAGAAGAAAAAAUCGAAGAGUUGACAGGAGUCGAGGGUGGCGGGGGGGAUUAUAAAGAUAUGUUGAAAAGACUGGAAUAUCCGGACUCGAAGGGUUUCUCGUAAUUUACCAGGCGGAUAUCUCAACUUUGAAAAGUAAGGAUACUCCGAUCAGAUAAGAGAACGGGGGAGCUCUUCCCGCCUCUCAAUUUCUCGCUUCCCCUUUUGUAUUUUUUUGGUUGUUUUAGCCCAGUCCUCUCGUCCAUGUUUAAGUUUCUUCGUCCGAGUCUCUUCUCGAAUCUCUCUCGGUCUCUUUUCUUCUCUCACCUCGCCUCGUUUUCACACCAAUUUAACCAUUUCAACCACGCGACUUGUCUCGUUUUUCCAGUGACCUGUAAAUAUGGUCCCUCUUCGAGGACCUCGCCUCGAAUGUCCUGCUUGGACCACCCACGCGCAAAUUCAAUCCUCUUUGCGUUGUACAUAGAUAUCAAGAACGGCAUAAAUCUCGAAAAGUUAUUUCACUCUCUUCCAACCCUCUCUGAUCUUUCGUCCUUGUUUCUCUCCCUCCUGACUUAUUCAGACGCCUCCUUGCUGGGGCUCCGCGUUAUCGCGAGGACCCGCGUUACCACUUAUUCCGAAUCGAUGUAAAUAGCUUAGUAAAUGUACCAUAGUUUUAUCAAUGUACAUAUAUCAUUAGUAUAAAUAUAUAUAUAUAUUAAAUGUAUAAAAAUAUGAGGAAUUGUAACGUAAGUUGAAGCGUUAGCGGUUGUGUGCGAUAGUGUGCGCAGAGAUGAGCAUCAAUCGAAGGGGAAAGAACCGAAUGACUGUAAAAAAAAAAAGGUUCCUUCUCGGUGCAAUUGACAAAGGCGAAAAAAUCUUGCAUUUUAUUCUCCUGAAAAAUGAACUCGGUAUCAUUGGUCGACGAAUGAUCUCACGGUUGUUUCAUCGUUAUAAUGUUACGAACGAUGCGCAUCUCUGAUAGCGAGGGGACUUGAUCGUUUUUUAUAGACUUUUUCUUCGUUGUUUACUUAUGAAUAAUAAUUGUCUCUGUUGUCAUCGUUGUAGCGUCUACAGUACCUAAGCUGUUACCAAUUAUUGCAAACGUGCAAAUCAACGAUACCAAAUGAACGAAAGAUAAAGAUACUUAUGAGAGGACACAUCGUAGCGAGCUAUUCGAACGAACGGAAGUGCUUAACUUAUAUCGUCCUAGUCGAUCCUGUAUUAUUGAAAGAUUUAUUAUCAUUAUUAUUAUUGACUGGGAUUCAAAGAGGAACAAAAUGCUGUAAUAAACACAUAUCUGUAAUAACCGA